ACAACAGUGAUAAAAAUGGAGAAUAAUUUCGAGCAAGUGGAACGCGAGCUGUUGGAGCAAGCAAAUGGAGUCGCUAACUUGGGCGAGUGUUUUAUGUGGUUGCAGCGAUGCGACGAAUUUAUACAACAGCUUGAGGAACAUAGCCGCAUCAAGCGUCCUCGGCUUGCCGUCGGACAGAGACAAUCGUUGGUUGCGAGGAUUGCGCGACUCGAGAGUGAAAAAACAUUAUUACAAAGACGUUUUGUACAUGUAGGCGGUAAUUACGCGAGCACUAGUAAUAACGCGAAUAAACUCGUGUGGCGGGAAAUAGAUGCAGCGUUCGAGAAUCGCAUUCAGACAGGUGCAGUGAUAAAUACAAACUAUAUUGAACCGCGAACGUUUUUAGAAGACGCAGGCGGUAUAGUGCUCGAGCGAGUGCGGGACGCUCUAGAGGAACACAACAGUGUGAAAGUAAACACUGCGUUUAAUGGUGUGUUUGUAACGGGUGAUAACCGUGAAAACAAAAGUAUAAACACUAAAAAUUGUGAAUUAUUUCAAAUGUCAAAUUUGGACGAGUGGUAUGAGCGACGCGUUAUCGAGCCCACAUUAGCAUCACUCGAAGAGUUUCAAGAACGUGAUAGCGGGUGGGCGCUAUCGCGAAUUCUCAAUUUGACUCUAAAUAUAAAUAAGUAUAAUCCUCUACACGCAGGGUGUCACGUGACGUUACCGCGAGAAAUAAUAAUGAAACGUGCGGUAGUGAACGUUAAUUCAAAGGACAAUGCAUGCUUCGCGUGGUCAGUGGUCGCUGCGCUAUACCCUGCCGAAAGAAAUUCAGAAAGGGAGUCAUCAUAUCCGCAUUAUACAACAGUUCUAAAGUUUAACGACAUUGCGUUUCCCGUUACACUAAAGGAUAUAGGAAAAUUUGAGAGUCUUAACAAUGUAUCGAUCAACGUCUACGGGAUCAAAAAGGAAAUGGCGAUGCUAAAGAUUCUUCCGCUGCGACUCUCCAAUGACAAGAAAGAGAAGCAUGUCAAUUUAUUAUACUUGCAAAAUCUGCGCGAAGGCGGCGUGGGUCACUUUGCUUGGAUAAAAAAUCUGUCCCGUCUCGUUAGCUCCCAACUGAAUAAAAAGGAGCACAAGAAAUACAUUUGUGAUCGGUGCUUGCACUAUUUUUCGUCUUGCGAGAGGCUGCAAUUACAUGAUGUGGACUGCCAGACGAUGAACGACUGUGCUAUCACACUGCCCGCUGAAGACAACAAAUGGUUAAAUUUUCAGAACGUAAACCACAAGGAACGAGUGCCCUUCGUUGUCUACGCAGACCUCGAGUGUGUGCUGCGGAAGACACAACACAAUGCAGAGCAAGCGUCGUACACAUAUCAACAACACGAAGUAUUCAGCAUUGGAUACUACGUGCGAUGCUCUUACGACGACGCGUUAUCUACGUAUAGGUUUCGUCGCGAUAAAGAUUGCAUCACGUGGUUCACGAAACAAAUUGAAAAAUUAGCGCAUAAUGUUAAAACUCGUUUAUCCACUAAUGUCCCCAUGGAAACGUUAUCGAAAGAACAAUUGGAGGCAUACCGUAGCACGACGCGGUGUCAUAUCUGCGAUAAGCCGUUUGCGCCAGACGAUACGCGAGUGCGCGAUCAUUGUCACUUGACCGGUCGUUACCGCGGUCCAGCACAUUCUCUUUGUAAUCUAAAUUAUCGAAAUGUAUCAUAUAUACCAAUUAUUUUUCAUAAUUUAUCUGGAUACGAUUCACAUUUCAUUAUUAAGGAAAUAGCCACUGCGUUCAAAGGAAAGACCGACAUACUCCCCAUCACGAAAGAAAAGUACAUUUCUUUCACAAAACAUGUCAUAGACACAGCCGAUAAAUUAAAUCCACACAAUUACAUAAAACUACGGUUUAUAGAUUCAUAUAAAUUUUUAAAUACUAGUCUCGAAAAAUUGGCAUCGUUUCUAGGUAAAGAAAAAUUAAAAAUUGUACGUUCCAAAUUUUUACACUUGUCUGACAAGGAUUUCGAUUUAUUGACACGAAAAGGUGUAUUUCCGUACGAGUACGUAGAUUGCGUGGACAAGCUGCAGGACAUAUGUUUACCGCCGCGCGAAUUAUUUUUCAGUUCCCUGACCGGUGAUACUGUAUCCGAGAGCGAUUACGCGCACGCCGAGAAUGUCUGGGAGCGAUUCUCCGUUCGAACGUUGGGUGAAUACAGCGAUCUAUAUUUGAAAACGGAUGUGUUAUUGUUAGCUGACAUUUUUGAAAAUUUUCGCGAUAAAUGCUUAGAAAGUUACGGUCUCGAUCCAGCACAUUAUUACACUCUCCCCGGAUACACGUGGGACGCUAUGUUAAAAUAUACAAAAAUUACUUUCGAACUGCUUACUGACAUUGACAUGGUAAUGUUCAUCGAACGCGGUAUACGUGGUGGCCUCAGUCAAUGUUCAGGCAGACAUGCGCGAGCCAAUAACAAGUACAUGCAGACGUACGACCCAUUGAAACCAUCUUCAUAUCUUAUGUACUUUGACGUCAAUAAUUUGUACGGAUGGGCAAUGUGUCAGCCACUGCCCUAUGGAGAAUCUCAAUGGGUCGAAGAUGUCUCUAAUUUUGACGUGUGUGCGAUCGCUCCUGAUUCACCAACGGGAUACAUUCUCGAAGUUGAUCUCGAGUAUCCCCGAGACCUUCACGACGAGCACACUGACCUACCUUUCUGCCCGACGCGCGAUAAACCGCCAGGCAAGCGUGAAUAUAAACUUUUAGCGACCUUGUAUGAUAAGAAACGUUACGUCAUUCACUACCGCAACAUGCAGCAGUGCACGCGUCACGGUCUUCAUAUCGCGAAGAUACACCGUGUGUUAAAAUUCGCACAAUCUCCAUGGCUCUGUAAAUAUAUAGAGUUAAACACACAAUUCCGAACCAUCGCUAAAAAUGAUUUCGAAAAAAAUUUGUAUAAACUCAUGAACAACGCGGUGUUCGGUAAAACAAUGGAGAAUGUGCGCAAUCAUGUUGACGUUAAAUUGUUGACGACAUGGGCGGGGCGGUAUGGUGCGGAGACAAUGAUCGCGAAACCAAAUUUUCAUAGUCGAAGUAUUUUUGCAGAAAAUUUAAUCGCCGUUGAACUUAAAAAACUCGAGGUAAAAUUAUAUAAGCCGAUUUACGUAGGUAUGUGUAUCUUAGAUAUUUCUAAGACGUGUCUAUAUGAAUUUCAUCACGAAUACAUGCUACCUUUAUAUCGUGACAAAUGUAGAGUCAUGUACACCGACACUGACAGUCUCAUAUACCUCGUCGAGUGUGAGGAUAUUUACGAGACGAUGAAACGCGAUAUCGCUAGGUUUGACACGAGCGAUUAUCCAGUCGAUAACGCGUACGGUAUGCCUCUUGAGAAUAAAAAAGUUCCGGGUCUAAUGAAAGAUGAGAACAAUGGUAUAAUAAUGACCGAGUUCGUUGGACUUAGAGCAAAGAUGUAUGCGUUGAAGGUGGAUGGAAAGAAGGAUACGAAAAAGGCGAAAGGUGUCAAGAAUAGUGUAGUAGCGCGAACCAUAACGUUUGAUGAUUACACCCAGUGUUUGAGAGAUGAGAUCGAGAUGACGCGUCGCCAAUCAUGCAUAAGAUCCAAGAUGCAUGAAGUAUACACGGUGUCCGAAACGAAAAUUGCUUUGAGUCCGUACGACGAUAAGAGAUACCUUAUACCCGAUUCAGUUGAAACGUUACCAUGGGGACAUUAUCGAAUACCGCUAUAAUAUUUUAUAUUUUAUAUACACAUUUUAUAAUUUUACAUUAUAAUUUCAUUCAUAUUUUUAUGUAAAAGUAUUAAUAAAGUACAAGUAUUAAUAAUAAGAAUGUAUUAAGGAUAAUGGAAGGAUGAUAAAGAAAUCUCGCAUAAUAUAAAAUUAAUAAUGUAUUUUAUGUUUAUACGGUUACAUUGUACUUUUAUGUAAAUAUAAUAAAAACAAUUUUCAUAUGGAUUAAAUAACAUUGCUUUUAUGUAUCCAUGAAUUAUGCGCUUCAUCGAAUCCCAACCACUUGACAUAAACCUCGUCUCCUUUUCUGCGUAAUAUUUUUUCAACAAGAUACACGUCAGGAUUUGCAGCACGCUGCAGCUCAUAUUCGUAGAAUCCUCCAGCGACAGGUUUUCCACAGGAAUCUUCCAGUACAUAUGUCGCAGGAUUGGUACGCUGUACUUUGAUAAUUUUAAAUAUUUCCGUAGUCCAAUUUGGUGUAUAGCCCUUCUCAAAAACAGUUUUGAAUUUGCUGACGCGCACCGAGUCACCUACUUUAAAUCGCGCGGGUGCUGCAAUUUUUAUGUGACUGUACACAGUGGUUAAGAGUUUUUUAGCGAUUGCAGGCGUAACAUCGAUGGGUCGCAUGCCGAUAGUUCGAUGCUUUCGUACAUUGUAAUCUGACACGAGACGUGGCAGCAGAUCAAGCCAUCUAUAAUUUCCAUUGAGUGUAAAUUGUUUCCACAUAACGUUCUUUAAUGUGCGGUUAAAGCGUUCGACAACUGAUGCUUUCAUUAUGGAGUACGUAGAAUAAUGUUUAAUAUCAUGUUUUUUUAAUAGUUUCUGCACGUUUGCGUUAUAAAAUUCCUUUCCUUUGUCUGUUUGAAAAUUUUUCGGACAUCUUUCAUCUUUCCGAAUUAUCUUUGCAAUCGCAAUAGCAACUUCGCUACCACUCUUGGUCUUAAGCGGCACAGCCCAUGCAUGCUUGCUCAGCACGUCGAUAACGGUGAGUAUGUAGUGAUAACCUCGGUUAAAUCGCGUGUAAGGACGCAUCUCAACCACGUCCGCCUGCCACAGGUCAUCAUAUCCGCGAACUAUGACAUGUCUUCGAGGAAAAUUUCUUCUCGCCGGAGCAUGCAACUCCUCAACCAGCAAUUGUUUCUCAGACAUGUUUGGAGUAUAAUAUGUAAAUGACACAUAUAUUCGAUGUAUUGACUUUUUUACUCUGCACGAUGAGUCACCGCGUCGAGCUGUCUUUGAAACUCGUUUAACAUAUGAGCUGUAAUUUCCACUCUACUUUGAAGUGUCUCAAUCUUCCUCUCGAUUUCAUCCUGUCGAUCCUUUAAAAUUUUCACGGUCUGCUGCACGUAUCGUUUAUUGGCUGCAUCAGUAUCGUCUACAGGCAGCGCUACACGUCGAAUUUUGCGCGACUUUGCAUCAAAAUCAGUGGCAGUCAUGCAAAGAGCGUUAUCGCGCACGUAAUUUCUGACUAAUCCACUCCAUUGGUAGUAUGGUUCCGCACCACCUUUUCCAAGCGAUGUUCCAAACUUGUUGAUUGACAUUUCGAUGUUGACUAAAUGGUUUGUUUCAUGCAGUUUUAAUUUAUAAUAAGACCAACCUCGCGAAGUUCUUCAAUAAUUGAUAGAAUCUCGUUGUCGUGAGCAUUGUGCCCUGCCUGGUGUGAGGCCUCGAGCAAUCGAAGGCGAUCCACAAGCUCGUUGGGAUCAUCCCAAUGAACAUAAUCGAUUUUGUUAUCAUUUAAUGUAAUAGCGCUCGGUAUACCUUGUCCAACUUUUACGUCUGUUACUAAAGGCGCAAUUAUAUUUUUGUAUUUAGACCCUUUGUUGCCCAUUACUUGAUUAUGUGCAAUAUGCCCGCGCCUAUAUGCAUUUGUUACCAAUAGAAUGUUUUUAUAAUUCUGCAGGUCAUUAUUCGUGUACAUGUUGGGCAUUUUCAUGAAAAUUAAUUCGUACAGACCAGGUGUUCCCACAUAUAUUUUACCAUCUAUGACUAUGCUGUCAUUCUUAUGUAUGUCGAUGCGUUUAUCGCAUGAUAAAUCGCAUAUGAUAAAUCGCUAUCAUGUAAUAUUUGCGAUGUUUCAUUCAAAUUAGUUGGUACAGUUUUUGAUCGUCUCAUUUUUUUAACAGGAGUAGAGGUCAUUAUAGAAUUGUUAAGCGAAGCGUUUAAUCGCUUUCGUUUCGGUUUUGGUUCUGAGUAUUCGUCUUCCCCCGAAAAGAACGAUUCAUUCUUAAUCGGAUCUGAUACAUUACCAACGGUGUUUUCAACAAUCUGUUUUAAUGGUUCGAUAAUGGGCUUAAAGUGUCUCUCCAACGCCAUCUCUUCUUGCACUUUACCCGCUUUCAAAGCGCGAUAUUUUUUGCGAAUUGAAUCACUCGUUUUCGCAAUCUCUUUCACAAUCUUCUCACGAUUCAUACUGUUAUCUGUGUUAUCCAUGUUGAGAAACGCUACUUGGUCAACGUAUCGAAAACAACUAACUGCUUUAUGGUAUUGCGAAGUCAUUAAAUCCUUUUCGAUACCGUCCAUUAGCGAGCGCACUAUCCUUAUCUAUCACUAAAAAUCCAUACUUUUGUUGCCAACAAGUAUGACAUAAAUUGCUAAAAUCCUCGUAAGACAUAUCGGUAUUUACAUGAUCGUUGUACGCAUGUUUUAGAUUAGUACCAUCCUGCUUGAAUAAAAUUAGCAAAUUCGCAUUGUCGCGUAUAAGAUGUUUCGGUAUCUUUGCAUACGUCUGACAGAGAUAGAAGCAGUCGACGUCCACGUGUCGCCCCAUUGCAAAGUAGUCUCUUAUCGUAUCUUGCUUAUCACACGCCACGUCAUCAAAGAUAAAAAUGGAAUUCGGAAACGCUUCACUCGGCUGAAUGACAUCACAGUUAUUGGAGAAUGCAAAAUAACUAACUUCUUCAAUCGGUGUCAAUAAAUUUUCCAAAUAUCGAUAUUUCGGUUGUUGUAAUGAUUUCGAGUACACAUACACAUUCUCAAAACGUACUCCAUGCGGACUUUCCAAUAAGCUUAUUAAUACGUUUGUCUUGCCACAAUUUGACGGACCGCAAAUUAUACCGCGUAUAGAACUCGGCAACAUGUUUCCAUGUCUCCGUAUCUUUCGUUCGGACAUUAUCCUGUCAUCGAAAUUUGUUAUUUUAAUCGCUGGUGAAUGUUGUACGAACCGUAUAUUUUUCCCCUCUCAUAAGAACUGAUAAAAAUUAUAUUAAGACCGAUCUAUUUAUAGAGACGCGCCGAGCAAAAUUGCUCAGUAUGUAAAAUGUUUCUCAUAUUGUCACAUCCCUCUGAUAUACUCGAUUUGAGCGCCGAACAGUUAGAAUUCGUAUCGAAGCCUAUUUUGCUACGCGUGUGUGGCAACUAUAUCAAACACGUGUGGGAUAGGCUUCCGGAACAUAUAAAGACUGAUCCAGAGGUUCAAAGCUAUCGUCAUUGUUACGAGCAUUAUAAUCAAUCGUGGCAGCAGACGCACAUCGACGGCCCCGCACUGUUGAUAAAGAAUUGUCGCGAAUGCCAGCGGUAGGUCGCGGCUUGUUAAAUCGUGCGAUAAAUGCGCUUCCUUUUGAACUGCAUAUACCUGGAUAUCAAUUUUGCGGUCCGGGUACUAGGCUGAAAAAGCGAUUGGCCAGAGGCGAUCGGGGUAUUAAUCCGUUGGACGUGGCGUGUCGCGAACACGACAUUGCGUACUCCCGGAGCAACGAACUCACCGACAGACACGCAGCUGACAAUAUACUCGCUGCGGAAGCGCGAAAACGCAUUACAGCGAACGAUUCGACUUUUGGAGAAAGAGCUGCUGCAGCCACCGUUUGGGCAGCUAUGAAGACUAAGAUGAAAAUCGGUAUGGGCUUGAAAAAGAAAAAAAGAGAUAAAAAGAAAAAAAGAGAUAAGAAGAAAAGAACGAGUAAACGAAUACUUCCGGUAGCGAAACGCGGAGGUGUUUUACCCAUUCUACCGCUAUUGGGAGUUCUCGGGUCGUUGGUCGGCGGAGCGGCGGGAGUUGCGAAAGUUGUGAAUGAUAACAAGGCAGCGCAGCGUCAGCUGAAAGAAUUGAAACGUCAUAAUCACGUCAUGGAAGGUCAUGGAGUUUAUCUCGCUCCAUACAAACGUGGACAAGGAGUUUUGAUGAAAAGAAAAAAAAAAAAA